GUGCCUGGGGCCGCCUUGGUUACCGCGUUUUCCGCCCUUCGCUACGUCAUCGUUGUGAGCCCGCUAUCAGCGGCCAGCGCGGGCGCGGCCGGAGACCGUGGGGCCCGCGGUUGCCGCCCCCUCAGGUAAGGCCCUCUGCUUCUCACUCUUCGGCCCCUUUUUUCAUAGCGCUUUCUCUCUUCUUCCUCUUUGAGUUGCUCUGAGGGCGCUACGCUGGCUCCACCGCCUUCUCUGCCGUUCGAACCCCGCGGCUGUCCUUACCCCAGCGAGGGUAGGGGGGUCGGGUGCCAUCGUCUUGCCGACGGAGUGGGUGUUUGUCCCUCCCUGAGCCACAUGGUUCCUCGAGGUGCUGGUGUCUGUGAUCCCUGGAGACAGGAGGGAAUGCUGGAUGAUCCCGACCAGCGGGAGCUUGGACAGCAUCCUGGUUUAAGCAAGGAGUAGGGAAAGCCAAAGGCAAGAGUAGGCAGACCUGAAGGGGUGGAGUUGGGUACAGUGUGGACGGCGUGUGAACCCCGGGUGGUAACAGGGGAGAAAGAUGUCUUGGGCCCUGCCCCUGAACCAGGAGCCACCAUGUUGGUGAUACCCCCCGGACUGAGCGAGGAAGAGGAGGCUCUGCAGAAGAAAUUCAACAAACUCAAGAAAAAGAAAAAGGCAUUGCUGGCUCUGAAGAAGCAAAGUAGCAGCAGCACAACCAGCCAAGGCGGUGUCAAACGCUCACUAUCAGAGCAGCCUGUCGUGGACACAGCCACAGCAACAGAGCAGGCAAAGCAGCUGGUGAAAUCAGGAGCCAUCAGUGCCAUCAAGGCUGAGACCAAGAACUCAGGCUUCAAGCGUUCUCGAACCCUUGAGGGGAAGUUAAAGGACCCCGAGAAGGGACCAGUCCCCACUUUCCAGCCGUUCCAGAGGAGCAUAUCUGCUGAUGAUGACCUGCAAGAGUCAUCUAGACGUCCCCAGAGGAAAUCUCUGUAUGAGAGUGAUCGACUUCGAGAACUAGGGCCAGAUGGAGAAGAGGCAGAGGGCCCAGGGGCUGGUGAUGGUCCCCCUCGAAGCUUUGACUGGGGCUAUGAAGAACGCAGUGGUGCCCACUCCUCAGCCUCCCCUCCCCGAAGCCGCAGCCGGGACCGCAGCCAUGAGAGGAACCGGGACAGAGACCGAGAUCGGGAGCGAGAUCGAGACAGAGACCGAGAGCGGGACAGGGAUCGGGAUCGGGAUCGGGAUCGAGAUCGAGAUCGAGAUCGAGACCGGGAACGGGACAGGGAUCGGGAGCGGGAUCGAGACCGAGACCGAGAGGGUCCUUUCCGCAGGUCGGACUCCUUCCCUGAACGGCGAGCCCCUAGGAAAGGGAAUACUCUCUAUGUAUACGGAGAAGACAUGACGCCUACCCUUCUCCGUGGGGCCUUCUCUCCUUUUGGAAACAUCAUUGACCUCUCCAUGGACCCACCCAGAAACUGUGCCUUCGUCACCUAUGAAAAGAUGGAGUCAGCAGAUCAGGCCGUUGCUGAGCUCAACGGGACCCAGGUGGAGUCUGUACAGCUCAAAGUCAACAUAGCCCGGAAACAGCCCAUGCUGGAUGCCGCUACUGGCAAGUCUGUCUGGGGCUCCCUCGCUGUCCAGAACAGCCCUAAGGGUUGCCACCGGGACAAGAGGACCCAGAUUGUCUACAGUGAUGACGUCUACAAGGAAAACCUUGUGGAUGGCUUCUAGGGAACAGAGCUGGAUUCCUUGUGCCUCAAAUGCCCCAAUGCUGGUCUCAGUAAAACACUGAGGUGGAAGCUUACA